CAUGUUAUUUUCAAAGCGUUUUAUACGCCACAAGCCUGUGUUCCCAAGUUCUCACGUUUUGUUCAAUUUUUGCAAGGAAAGCAUAGCCAGAUCAAAUUUAUUUGCUCUCAGGACCCUUUCCGAUUUACCCAAUAUCAGUGAGGCCAUUAAAAUCUUAGAACGCUCAAGCAAUGUGGGAAUCGAUGUCUAUACUCGGCUUCUCGAAUCUUGCAUUAGAUCAAAAUCACUUACCCAAGGCAAGAGAAUCCAUCAGCAUCUUCUUAAGAACACUACCCACAUAAACAGUUCACUUAUUCAAGAAAAGCUUACUUAUUUGUACAUUGGGUGUGGUGAGCUUGAGCUCGCUCGGCCUAUAUUUGAUAAAAAUCCAAACCCAGAUGUCGUUUUGUGGAAUUCGAUGAUCAGAGCUUAUGCCUGGAAUGGACCCUUUGAUAGAGCUAUUGAUUUGUAUUACAAGAUGGUUCAAUUGAGCAUCACACCCAAUAAAUUCACUUACCCUUUUGUUCUCAAGGCUUGUUCGGGUUUACAAGCAUUAAAAGAUGGCAAGGAGAUUCACGAUCAUGCUAAAAGAGUCGGUUUGGAUUCUGAUAUCUUUGUUUCGACUGCUUUGAUUGAUUUGUACGUUAAAUGUGGGUGUUUGGAGGAGGCACGAAGGAUAUUUGAUAAAAUGCCUAAAAGAGAUGUUGUUGCAUGGAAUGCCAUGAUUGCAGGGUCUGCAUUUCAUGGACUCUACGAAGAGACAAUCGAAUUGUUUCUGAAGAUGCAGGAGGAAGGGAAAAGUCCAAACACGUCAACAGUUGUUGCAGUUCUACCUGCUGUAGGCCAAGUUAAGGCAUUGAUUAAAGGCAAGGGCUUACAUUGUUAUUGUAUGAGGAGGGCUCUUGACAAAGAUGUGCUGGUUGGAACUGCUAUUUUAGAUAUGUAUGGGAAAUGUGUGAGGCUAACUUAUGCUCAAAGGGUUUUCAACAUAAUGACUGUUAGGAAUGAAGUAACUUGGAGUGCGAUCAUUGGCGCAUAUGUUCUAUGUGAUCAUAUGAGAGAAGCAUUGGGGGCGUUCAAUGAAAUGUUGCUUGACGAUGCUGUGAGUCCUACUCCAGCCACUCUUGGGAGUGUUCUUCGAGCCUGUGCAAAGCUGACAGAUGUAGGUAGGGGUAAACAGAUACAUGGGUACACAAUUAAGUCGGGGUUUGUUUUUGAUAUUAUGGUAGGAAACACGCUUCUUUCAAUGUAUUCUAAGGCUGGCAUGAUAGAUGAUGCUGUCAUGUUCUUUGAUGAAAUUGUGUCUAAAGAUACUGUUUCAUAUAGUGCUAUCAUCUCGGGAUGUGUACAAACUGGUAAUGUAGAGGAGGCUUUGCUUAUUUUCCGUGAGAUGCAAAUAUCUGGAAUUGAACCAGAUCUUGCAACGAUGAUAGGAGUUCUUCCAGCUUGCGCUCAUUUGUCUGAUCUGCAACAUGGGCUUCGUAACCAUGGAUACAUAAUAGUUCGUGGAUUUGCAUCAGAAACCACAAUUGGGAAUGCACUCAUUGAUAUGUACUCAAAGUGUGGGAAGGUUGAUGUUGCUAGGGAAGUUUUUGAUAAGAUUCCAUACAAGGAUAUUGUCUCAUGGAAUGCAAUGAUUGCUGGGUAUGGACUUCAUGGGCUUGGCAAGGAAGCAGUAGCACUGUUCCAUGCUUUGCUGACUGUAUCUCUGAAGCCAGAUGAUGUGACUUUCAUCUGUCUUUUAUCUGCUUGCAGCCAUUCUGGACUUGUUGCGGAAGGGAAACAGUGGUUUUAUUCAAUGAAUUGUGAUUUUAAUAUCAUUCCGAGAAUGGAACACUAUAUCUGCAUGGUAGAUCUAUUGGGCCGGGGUGGUCUUCUGGAUGAAGCCUAUGAUUUCAUUAAAAAAAUGCCAUUUGAGCCUGAUGUUCGUGUCUGGGGAGCCCUGCUUGGGGCAUGUAGGAUCCAUGAGAAUAUUGAACUUGGAGAAAAAGUAUCAAAAACCAUUCAGAAGCUGGGUCCAGAAGGUACUGGAAAUUUUGUACUGUUAUCAAACAUAUAUAGUGCUGCAGGGAGAUGGGAUGAUGCAGCGCAUGUUAGAAUCAUGCAGAGAGACUUGGGUUUUAGGAAAAGCCCUGGAUGCAGUUGGGUUGAGGUUUAUGGGAUCAUCCAUGCAUUUGUUGGUGGAGACAAAUCCCACCCACAAUCAUCAAAGAUAUACAACAAGCUAGAGGAAUUACUGGUGGAGAUGAAGAAGUUGGGUUAUCAUGUAGAUACUAGUUUUGUGCUCCAAGAUGUUGAAGAGGAGGAGAAAGAGCGAAGUCUCCUUUUCCACAGUGAGAAGCUGGCUAUUGCAUUUGGAAUUCUAAGUUUGAGCCCUGGCAAGCCCAUUUUUGUUACCAAGAAUUUGCGAGUUUGUGGGGAUUGCCACUCUGCCAUAAAAUUCAUUACCAUGAUCACAAAAAGAGAGAUAACUGUAAGAGAUGCCAGUCGAUUUCAUCAUUUCAAGGAUGGAAAUUGCAAUUGUGGAGACUUCUGGUGAGGAAGAGGAAACUUGAAAGGCAUGGUUAAAACUGGCUUUCAUACUUAAAGUGUAGAUUGCUAUUGCUGAUCUUGCAUGGUGGAUGCUAUGUCAUGGCCUGAUGGCUAUAUACAUCAAGUUGGUGUUAAUGUGGACAAACUGUAAAAUGUGGCUUGAGAGGCAGGUAGGAAUGGGCUUCUAAUCAAGUGGUGCCUCUUUCGGAACCUCCAAGGAGUUUGUCCAGGUGAUCUUUGUGAUUGGACAUGUUUAAAUGGUGGAUCUGGACCUCCUUGAUAUGUGUGCAACAGCCAACAGCUAAUGUCAUGGAGUAGCAUGGAGGAUGCUACCUUCCCAUCUUUACCAUGAAAAAUCACCCUUAAGCUUGACUGGUUUCAAAAAGACAAGAUUUUGACGUUGAUUGCCAUAUCAUCCAUGUUAAUGGGCUAUCAAGUCAUUGCACAUCUUUUAUCUUGUUGAUGCAGUAUCCAACUUCUAUGUUACUUGGAGACCUCUAUAUAUGUGACUCACUCGGUUACCAAAGGUGCUUUCAGUGCUGAGGAAAGAGUGGGCCUUGGUGUUCUUCAUUUGCUUAUAAUUACACCUCAAUAAAACUACUAAUAAUGUGUGUCUGGGGGUAAGGCCUUUCUUAAGGAGCUAAUGUAUUACCAAACAGUUCUCAGAAUAAAGUUCUUAUAAAAGGAGAAACAUUUGCCC